ACGCAGCGAAGCGGGGAGAGAGAGAGAGGGAGAGAUUGGAAAUGGUGGAGAACGCAACCACGACUUCUUCUCCUCCGACAACGUCUAAUCAUGAUACGAAUGCAAAGGUUUUAACCAAUACAUCCAAAAUGAGAGAAGAAGGCGAGCUAUCUGCUUCGGAGAACGAGGAGUUUGCAGGUUCUCAGUUCCCUGAAAGCACCACUCUUCCAGGGGCUCUAUUGAACAAGGAUAACGAUGUUGUUGAGAUGGGGAAAUCUGUUGUGACUCACAAUCCUACAUCCUCUGCUGUGGCAAGAACUUCUGUGCAUCUGAAUAAUCGUAAAGGUACAGAGAAGUAUCGGGUGCCAUUUGUGAUUAGUUUCUCAGAUGAUGACAGUGGCAGUGAUUCUGAAGGAGAAAGGAAAGGAAACACGAUGGACUCUGAUGACACAACAAGAGGAGUCAUCGAGAAUAGAAAAUUGUCCACUUCAUUGGGGAACUCACGAUUGAUGCAACAAACUGCCAAAACUAACACCAGGAUACCCAAAAACUUUUCUACAAGUCGUACAUUUGUUUCAUCAAUGAACAGAGUUAAUGGAACCUCAUUCAAGAGUGGUGGAGGCACAUUUGUUGGGCCAAAAUCUCAACCUAAAAAAUCUAGUGCCCCUGGCAAAAAUAAAGUAGGCCAAAACGUCCAUAUUAACAGCAGUAAGCUCCAAGACUUAAGGCAAUUGAUUGCAAUUCGUGAAAAUGAGUUGAAGAGUCGAGCUGGCAAACAUGAUAAGGAGGUAGCUUCAAGUUCAUUAAAGAAUAGUGCAAAUGCGACUUUGAAGAGCACCGCUGUUAGGAGCAGAGAUUCUGCUGAACGCUUACUUGUUGAACCAAAGGAGCCAGAAAAGAAGCGACUCAAAGUUAGCGAGCCUCCUACAAACACUCUAAUUUCUGUUGGCCAACAUGAUAGGCCUUCUACAGAAUCUACAUUAGUGGCCAGAAUUUCUGCCCUUGAAAGUGAUGGCCUGAAGGGUAGAUAUGAUGGUAACUAUUGUGACAAAGAAAUUCUAACCGGAACAAGGCAGUCGAGUGCAAUGCAGCAGAUUAAUACAGUGAAAAAUCACACCCCUUCAACGAAUCUACCAUCAGGUACCAGCAUAGUCAGGAAUAGUAGGCGGCACAACAGGAUCACAAACCUGGCGGAGUCUUCUGCACCAUUAACAGCUAAAACUUCUCCACAUAGACAGGGAUGUUUGAACAAUUCAAGCUUUUGGAAUCAUUUUGGUGCCACAAACAUGUCAAAAACUGGUGACAUGGAUAUUAAAUCGCUACUAGAGAUUGAGGAAUUGCAAGACAAGGAACUGGAUGAAGCACAGGAGCAUCGGCGCAAAUGUGAAAUUGAAGAAAGAAAUGCUCUAAAAGCUUACCGCAAGGCUCAGAGGGCGUUGGUGGAGGCUAAUGCUAGAUGCUCCUAUCUUUAUCAUAAAAGGGAAUUAUUUUCUGCUAAUCUUCACUCCCAUGUGAUGGAAGACUCGAGCAUGUUCUGGUCGAAUAUGCCGCUUGAGCACACUGGAGCUCAUGUGAACACUAUGACUAACAUGUCAGAAAAUAAUAUGCACUUGGUACCGAUUUCACGUCAUCAACUACAGAAUGACUUCCAUCUUCGAGAUCAACAUCAGUAUGGUUUAAAUGUCAGGUCUACAGAUGAUCUGCGUGAAGAUGGAAAAAAUUUGGUUUCUGAAUCAUGCGGUGAACCUGAUACCAGUGCAUCAGAGCCUCAGGAGGAAGAAAAAACAAAUGACGUAUGCUCUUCACUGCAUGAGACUAAUACUUUAGGCGAGGAUGAACAAACAUCUGCCUUUGAGCUUAAAGCUGGUGAUUCCAGUCUAGAUAGUCAAGGGGAAGGGAUAUGUAGUGAAAGGACGAAAGAAAUAAACGAUGAUACAAUGACCCUUGACCCCACUGAAGACUCGUUGCUUCUUGAAGCAACAUUGAGGUCUCAACUGUUUGCAAGGUUAGGAAUUAAAACUUCAAAGAAGAAUGAAUUGGGUCAGAGCAUGGAGACUGCGGUUGAAAGAGAGGAUGGGGAAAUAAUGGAAGGUGCUGGAAACAUACCAUCUCCGGAGACAGAGAAGGACCAACUUAAUGAUUUUGAAGAUGUCGGGAGGUCAGAGAAAAGUAUAUCCGAGUAUCCUAUGGGUAUCAAGGACCAGUGCCCUGCUGAGAAGUUUUCUGUUAAUAAUGGAUCUUCUUUGGCUGAGCCAAUUCUGAGAAGUUCUUUUGGUUAUGCAAAGUUCACCUCCGACAUGAAUUCUAUGCCUUCACAUACCAAAAACCUGCAGAUCCACACUAAUGAUAUAUAUGAUGAGAAGAAAGUCGUUGAUGGUGUUUGUGGGGCCACACUUACUGAUAUAGUUUCCAAUGCAAACAAAAACUCCUUAUUGGACAUGUAUGUCCCUGAAGUUGGUUCUUGCUCCAACAACUUAGCAAUCAACCCCUUUUGGCCUUUUUGCAUGUUUGAGCUACGAGGUAAAUGCAACGAUGAUGAUUGUCGUUGGCAACAUCUCAAAGAUUAUUCAUCCAGAAGCAUUGAUUGUAACAACAGUGAUAAUGUACUUGGAUCAUCAUUGCAGAUGAGAAAUGGUGCAACUAUUGUUUCUAAGUGCCUUGGUUCUCUUCCUUUGGCUCCACCUACUUAUCUUGUGUGCUUGGACAGUUUGAAGGGUGAUUCACAUCCAUAUAAAUAUCUUGUAGCUCAUACUGUUAAACAACGCUGGCAGAAGUAUUUUAGUGCUUCCUUGGUUGUUUCAAGUUCACUUCUAGGGGAUUUGCACUCAGAUGAGCCAUGUCUGCAUGGCCCUGAAGCGCGCAUUGAGAUCCAUGGGGUUUGGAAUAGGCAAUCAUCAUUUUUUCAUGGUAAAAAUGUCAAAGAGGGUCUGUCAGAUCAGCUUAUGGAUGACACUAAUCAGCCUCUUGAAAUAGCUCUUCUUACUCUCAGUAGAGAGGUUAACAAGCAGAAGGGACGUAGAGAGGCUCUUAUAGUCAUCGCUCGAGCCCUCGAAGAACAUCCUACAUCUGCACUUCUCUGGAUUGUCUAUUUGCACAUUUACUAUGGCAAUCAGAAGUCUAUUGGAAACGAUGACCUGUUUUGUCAUGCGGUAUGUGCAUGGUUGUCUUUCUCUCAUUUUCAGUAUCAUAUUAUCAGGAGCUUAAACCCCAUACUCUGCUAUCUAUAUGCUGCGUGUUUGCUCAAAAAUGGUUCCAUUCUGGGUGAAGAAGCUUCUUUACACAGCUUUUUGAACAUGUUGAACCGCUAUCUAACGGAUUCCCGUGCUUUGCCUCCUUCUGAACCACUUUCUAGAAGCUUCAUCAAAAGCAUCAGGAACCCAAAGACGCAAAAACUCGUUAACGAUCUACUGACUCCCAUCUCAUCUGAUUUCUCUCUAGUGAACUUAGUUCUUGAAUCAUGUUUUGGGCCGUCUCUCUUACCACCUCAAUCUUCUGAAAGAGUAACAGACAUUGUAGAUUUCGCCGAAGCACUGAUGGAGAUGAGGCCAGGGAAUUAUCAGCUAGCACUCUGUAUCUGCAAGACGUAUUCAGGAGUGAAUGCCAGCAUUAGUUUCUGGGCAAGUGCGGUUUUGAUGGAUUCUCUGUUUCAGGCGGUUCCAGUUGCACCGGAAUCUGUAUGGGUGGAGGCAGCCGGUAUGUUAAAAAGAUUAGCAGAUUUUACGUCUAUGUUGGAGAGUUUUCACAAAAGGGCGUUAUCGGUUUACCCUUAUUCAAUGAGACUGUGGAAAUCAUAUGUGGGGUUAUAUGGUAAUAAUAGUGAUGAGGUAAAUAGAGUGAUGGAAAUGGCUAGAAAAAAGGGUAUAAAGCUUUUGAUUGACCAAAUAGGAGGUUGGUUGUAGAUAAACCAAAUUUUGCAGCAAAUAUUGUGUAUUUUUGUUUUGAUAGAAGAAAAAGAAAGAGAUAAGUAUAAAAAUACAUGAUGAUGAAUAGAAAUAGGCACUGUAUGCAAAUGGCUGCAGUUGCUUUACAAGCUACUUUUAACUCAUUGGCAUUUUUUAU